GAAGGAAUAACUUCCAUCUUAUUUGAUUUUAUUUCUUACGUGAAUUAGGUUAUCCAAUUAUAGAAACAACAUCUUUUUCCUUUUUUUGAAAUUCUUCUUCGUUCUUCAUACCGUCUUGCUCGACGAUCGUCUUGGCCUCCAUUUGGAAGGUGUCGCGUGUGUACUGUACAAUGAAGGAAGCCAUGGAACCAGGAGAAUCAAGUCAUUGUGAAAUUUCUCCCGGUAUGACUAAGUAUUGGAUUCCAGAAUGCCAAAGUGAUAGGAAGCCCGCUGUUGGUAUGGUAUUCACUAGUUUACAACAUGGUAUUGAUUUCUACAAUGAAUAUGCAUCUUUAUGCGGCUUUGAUCCACGCCUUCAUUCCCAAAGGAAGCACAAAUCUGGUUUGAUUUUAUUCAAAUAUGUUGUUUGUAAUCGUCAAGGUUUUAAACCUGACAAGGUUGUGCAGAAUGAAGGGACUAUUCCCACUGUUGAUGAUUUAUUUCAAAAUGCUAAUCUGGAAAAUACUCUUGAUCCAUGCAUGGAUAAUUCUGAUAUUGAUGAUAAUGUGUCAUUGUGUGUGGAAGAUUCUGAUCUCACGUCACCCGCACCUUCAAAUCAAUGCACUUUAGACGAUGAGUCAAAUAAAAGGCGUCGUGUAUCUACCAGAAAUGGUUGCAAAGCAUGUGUUGUGUUUAAAUAUUGUGGGUAUGGUCGUUACUCUGUAUUUAAGUUUGAAGAACGUCACUGUCAUCGUAUGCUUGAAGAAAUGCAUAAACAAUUCCUUAAGGUGAAUAGAAACCUUGAUUUUGGUCAUAAGAAAUUCAUCAUCAAUUGUGCUAAAGCAAACAUUGGUCCGAUGAAGUCUUAUAAACUCUUUAAGGAGUCAGUAGGUGGAUAUAGCAACAUUGGUGCAACUGCUGUCGAUUUCAAAAAUUUCAAACGAGAUCUUAGGGCAUACAUUGAGGGUGUUGAUGCACAGAUGUUGAUUGAUAAGCUAUUUCGGAAGGUUGAAGUGUGCUCUUCAUUUUUCUUUGAUUAUGACGUGGAUGAGAAUGAUCAGUUGACCAAGAUUUUUUGGGCGGAUCCAAUUUGUAGGCGAAAUUAUUCUUAUUUUGGAGACGUGGUUUCUUUUGAUGCGACGUUCCGUACGAACAGGUAUAAUUUGGUUUUUGUUCCAUUCACCGGUGUUGACAAUCACAAAAAGUGUGUCACUUUUGCUGCUGGUUUAUUGUCAAAAGAAGAUGUAGAGUCAUACGUCUGGCUUGUAUCACGGUUUAUUGAUGCAAUGGGUAGUGUACCAAUGUGCGUAAUAACGGAUCAAGAUCCAGCCAUGCGCAUUGCUAUUCAGAAGGUAAUUCCUAAUGUAAAACAUCGCUAUUGCAUGUGGCAUAUAAUGAACAAGUUGACUACUAAAGUGGGCC